CUGAGAAAUAAAGCUGAAAAUUUGUGCUGCGCGCAGCUCUUGGUGUGUGCGGAUGUGACGUUCGUUAGCAACAGGAAAUAAUAUAGCACAUCCACAUCAGUUGCAACAUUCGUCAUUCAAUUGGUGAUGAUGAUCUGAACUGGUCUGAACGAAAACGACGCCGAAAAAUGACAAAUACAGUGUGGAUUUUAAUGUCUAUGAGCUUGCUGAGCUUUUUUGCAUCUGCUGGCUCUUCAAAGAGAGAAAAAUUCCUACAGCUGCUCAAAACACUUCAGGAUUUGGGCGAAAAAAUUAAAUUCGCCGACUCUGAAGAUAUAAUAAUUGCUUCUUUUUCCACGACGGCGAAAACUUCUAAUUUGCCUACACGACCCACGCCUCCCAGGGUUAAUUUCAACAAAGCAGUUAAAUAUUCUGGAAAAGAUGCUGAACGGAACAGAACCUACUGCAACGAGGCUCUUUGCCCUGAAAUCACUUGCAAGCUAUCGGAUAUAAUUGCACUCGGGUCCUUAAGGAAAUCUUUUCCAAAUCCGCAAAUCUACCGCUUAUCCAACAGCACCAAAAUGUACAUCUCUACUAAAAAGCAUGGCUACUAUCGAUCCUUCGAAAGUUGCUGCAAAUACAAUUCAACCCUGUUCUCUUUUACCACGGAUGAAGUGUGGUCGAGCUUCCAAGUCUUGUUGAAAAUGGAAAAAAAAAAGGGGAAUCUUCCCACGAUUUUCUGGACGAGUGCAAUGUACGCCCAGGAGUGUGACUCGUACGUUUGGUGCCCAGAAAAAGAAUUGGUCGGCCCGCAAUUAAAGUGGAGACAGGGCUUUCCGAAUCGGGAUUUCGGAGACUGCGUUGCCAUUCAAACCGGCGUCGGCAAACAAGAGGAAAACGGACUUUUCAACUUUAAUUGCACCACGGAAAUCAACUUCAUGUGCUUGGGAUCAGCCGAAGUUGUUGGAAAUUAAGAUGAAAAUUUGUAUUUUUUAAAUAAAUACUGUCGGCGGUUUGACGGAA